AUGGCACCAAAGAAGAGUGCCGCACAAGCAUACGGAGGCAAAAUGAAGAAGCCCGCAAGCAGCAAGGUCCAAAAACGGCCUGCGGCGGCGAAGGCCGCGCUGAAGCGCCCAGCGGCCGCGAAGCAAACACCAGCAAAGAAGGCCAAGACCGUGGCCACGGAUCCAGUGCUCCAGGAGCUUCGAGCCUGGGUGGUGAAUCUGGAGCGUCGUCCCGACAGGUGGAAGCGGGUGGCGACGAUGUUGAAGAAGGAGCUGCCUUGGUUGUCCUUCGAGCGCUUCCUAGCUUCGGAUGGAUCGAAAAUGACGAUUCCCGAAGAGGACAUCGCCGUUAAAUGGAGCACAUCCCGAAAUGCACUCUUCGCUGACUACUUCGAGUGGGUGUUCGAGGAUGGCAGCCCAUGGAUGUGGGCUGCUGAUGCUCCAGAAGAGGAUGACGAUUGGAUUUUCCAUGAAGAAGGGCCUGAAUUCAGCUAUGUGCGCGAUGCACCAAGCUUUGAUGCCCAGCCGCCUCGAAAGGGGACUGUGACGAAAAAGUCUACGGGUGAGAAGUUCCAGGUUCGGCUGUCUUUUGCACAGCGGUUCCGCGAUGGUCAGGAGCAGCUCAUGUCUGGUGGAGAGCGUGGCUGCGCCCACUCGCACUUGCGCCUUUGGCGCCUUGCCGCCGAGCGCGAGCAGCCCACACUGGUGUUGGAGGAUGACGUUCACCUGACCUUUGAUCGUAAUGGCGAUCUAGGCAAGAUGAAUGGCAAGGUCUUCACCGACCGUUUGACGAAAGCCCUGCAGCGAGUACCCUCAGACUUUGACGUGGUGUACCUGGGCUGGUCUGGAUGGCGAGGUGGGAACUUCAUGCACCUGAAGGAGGAGUCUGAAGGCACGCUGUCGGCAGAGGACCGACAGUUCGUCCGGAAGGCAGAGUACGUGUGGACGACUGUUGCAUAUGUCCUCUCGCAGGCUGGUGCAAAGAAGCUGCUCUUGGCAGCCAGCACUUCUGUCAACCAGCCGGUUGACAACUUCAUGGCAUACGAGGCCAGCCAGGGAAAGCUGAACUCGUAUGUCUGCCUAGACGAGGGUGACGAGGACAGCACGUGGGCUGGUGGAAUCGUGGAUCAGUUUGACUUCCAGGGAGAUUCGGACAUCAAGAAGACGAUGCCCCAGCAGGGCUUUUCGCAAGUGACACGGAACAAUGCACGCCAGGGCAGCCAGGGGCGAGCGGCCAUAAUGGCCUGGGGGUGGGAAAGCGCCUGGGAGACAACGUCAAAGAACGGAUACGCUGUCUUCGCAGCGCGGAAGCAUGCAGAUGAUCACUUCGUUAGUUGCUCCAUAUCGCAGCAGCGUCAAGCAGUGUUUAGCGGUCUACCCAUAGCCGUGGGCAGGUUGCGGAUAAGCCUAGUGGCGGACAGGCGCGAUGCAAUAAACGAGGUGGUGCUGGAAGGUGGGGAAGGAGAUGCGGUCUACUUCCAACGGGUCCUGCCCGGCUCCAGAGCGGCGAAGCUCGGGGUGCAGAAGGGCGACGAAGUGCUGCAGGUCAAUCUCAUUGAUCCCGAGAUCUUGUUCUGGCGUCCCGCAGAGGAAAUUCUUCCCGCCAUAGUUGGCCCUGUGAUGCUGAAGUGGCGGCGACGACCUCCACAGAAGUCGGGGGAGCGAACAAGGAUCAACUCGAAGCCCGUCAAAUUGCUGUGGCAUGAUGACGAAGAAGAGCUUCAAGAUGUAAUUCCGGAGUAUCCCAAAUCCCGCGCCGAAGCUCUCGGAGAUGGCGAGUGGCUUUGUGGUUCUUGCGGAGCAAAGAACUUCGACACACAGGAGCACUGUCGCCGCUGUGGCCUUCGCGACUCACGCCUGCCGAAGCGUCCGGGACCGCAGCCCAGGCGACACGUGGACCUGCAGAGGAGUCUUCCGGCCGUUUCUUUCGGGCGCGUGGAGGUUGACAAGCAGGCAGUCAAGCACGCGGCAUCUGCCCGGUCCUGUGACGUUAUCGGCGUUUAUUUGUCCUUGCUGAGACGAGCACUGCUGACAAAGGCCGGACAACGUUUGUGA